AUGGAGGAGGAGCAUGAUGGGGUUAGAAACUUUAAAGGUCUGUCCAUGUCAGAACUGGAUCGGGGCUUUCUGGCAGAUUGCAAUCUGUCUGCUUUAUCUGUUGAAGGAAUGCUGAAACCACCUAAAGGCAUCGUAGUGGAGUAUGCAGAACUCAAUCCCACCCUACAGUCUUCAUUUAACCAGUCUUCUACUGUUCUGUCCCCUUUAAAUAUCCCAACCAAGGCUGCUCUCCUGUCCCCAAGCAUCAACGUGUCUGGUACUGGCAUUACCAGUCUGGUGGAAGGGAAAUCCUCCACACCUUAUGAGAAGAUGACCUUUCAAAAACCAGUCGUGGCCAGCACGUUGGACCUGUCCUGUAUAGAUCUGACCACGUCACACCCCUUGUGGGAAGUCUCGCUCAUCAAACCCUCAGUGGAAAGCCCCAAGCUGUGCUUGGACUCCAGUAAGAUGUCAUUGUGGAGUCCCAGUUACCAGUCUGGACCGCCAACACUGGCAGAGAUUUCCUCUCUGAACUGGUCUGGAACACCACCACCAGAGGGUCAGAGAGCAUGCCGGGAGUUUAUGUCUCAGGAUUCUAACCUGCGCCAUGCUGUAUUAGAUCUGACCGACGAGCAGCAGAAGUGUCUGUCCAGAAACCUGGCAAUGUAG